UCGCGCUCUGUGGGAGCAAACCUACAGGUGAGAACCAAAGUAAACAGGGAGUAACCGUGUCCGGGGUCCAAAAUGAGGCCAAACCUGUCUCCUCUGUUGCUUUUAGCGGUGUGUUUACACGGUGUGUUUGCCCUCUCACAUGUGGAGGAGAUGAAGAGUCAGGAGCGGCUCUUUCUAAGCUCCCUCGGCCUCUCUGGUCGGCCCCGGCCCGCGGCGAGCCUCCAGGCCCGGCGUCACGUCCCCUCCACGCUGUGGAAGAUGUUCCGGAAGUCCGAAAACAUUCAGGCCCAGGAGAGCGACCCCUGCACGGUGUCUGAGUACGGAGUGCGCGGGAACAUCAUCCGAUACGUACAGGACCAAGGUAGGCUCAUGGUCAGCAUGGUUAAAGUGAGUUUUAGAUGGUUGUCAAGAUCGCAGAAGGGGUUGAAAAUACGGUGGCCGAAAACCACCACUGCUGGAAUACAAAAAAAAAGUCACAAUGGAAGUUACUGAUGGAAAAAAAGGAAUCGAAGCCCACUGCAAAUAAGAAAAGAAAUGGUGCAGUUAAAUUAGCAAAAAAAAAAAAAAAAAAAAUAUAAGGGGAGUUAAUGGUGCAAAAAAAGUGGUGAUGGAAAAUAAAGACACAACUGAAUUGAGCUGUUGGGACCAGUAAUGAUGAUGCACUGGUGUUUUAUGAACUAGGCACAGAAGGGUUAUUGUUUAAUUUCACUUCGUGUACUUUUCAAUGUGUCAUUUGGUUCGGCCAUGUUGCGCCUGAGUCGAUAUGAAGUUGAACUGAAGCUAAUACUACACCGGCGUCUUCCAGUUCAACUUUAUAUCGACUCAGGCACUACAUGGCCGAACCAAAUGACAUAUUGAAAAGCACAUGAAGCAAAAUUAAACAAUAACCUUGCCACUUACUUCUUCGCUCGUCUUCUCGCUGUCGUUUUCUGUGCUUAAAUCGUAAAAAACCUGUGCAUCAUCAUUAUUGGUCCACGGCAGCUCACUUCCGUUGUGGCUUUUUUUAUUUGCACCAUUUUAUUUUCGCAGUAACUAACUUUUUUUUUGCAUCAUUAACUUUCGUUGUGGCUUUUUUAAUUUUUAGUUUUAUUUUUUAUCUGCACCGCCUUUUUAAAAUUUGCAGCAGGCUUCGGUUUCUUUUUUUUCUUGCACCAGUAAUUUCUAUUGUGGCUUCUUUUUUUUUUUUUUGCGCAUUUUUUUUUUUUUUUUGCAGCAGUGGCGGUUCUCGGCCACCGUAUGAAAAUGACCAAAUACAUAUUUUCAUUCACAAUCAAUCCCAAUAAAAUAAAGGAUGUUUGGUAAAUAUAGCAUAAUCAAAUAAUUAGAGUCAGAACUGUCAGAACUUGAAUGGCAACCAAAUAUUAAAUUUGGGAUAUAAAAAAGGAAAACAUAAACUUAAUUAUGAGAUUUGAAAAAAUGGUUAAGUUUGAGCACCAGCAUGCCCACAUCCAAAGGUUUGAAACUGACAUAUUAGUAGUGGUAGUUAAAUGCUACUGCUGCAGACGUACUUCAGUUAAACUCAGCAUCACUGUGUCAAAUGCAGGAUGAGAAAAGCUUAGUGUGUGUAGAGCGAAGAGUAAUAAGUCAUGACAAUUAUUCCCUAUGAUUCCCUCCCCCCUCCCUCUGUGGGUUGCAGGCAGGCUGGUGUCUGGUUGGAGCAGCUGUCAGCUCUGUGUGGAGAAGCAGCUCUUCUUCAACAUGUCGGUGCUGCAGCCUGUGGAGCUGCUGUCUCUGGCUCAGCUGGAGAUCAAGUUCCACUGGAAGCCCUUCAGCUCUGCAGAGCUGCUGCAGGGGCCCCGGGCCCUCAGCGUGUCUCUUUACAAAGUGAUCCGAGCCACACUGAGGGGGGCUAACCCUCAGGCAAACCGCAGACUCCUGCUGUCACAGUCAGUGCAGCUGCAGCCUGACCCUGCCUCCAUCACCCUGGACCUCACCUCACUGGCGGAGAGCUGGAGGAAACCAGGACGCAACUAUGGUUUGAUUCUAGAGCUUCUUCCUCUUGAUGCAGAUCCAGAUGAGCUUCUUCCUUUCCACCCUGGGAACUCCCUUCCACUGGAACCAGCCUUCACCCUUCCACUGGUCCAGGCCUCACUGGUUGCCGUGUCCCUAAACCCCCAUCAGUGUCGCUCCAGACAGAGACGAAGUGCAGUCCAUCUCCCUGUCACUCCCAGCAACGUGUGCAAAGCACGUCGCCUCUACAUCGACUUCAAAGAUGUGGGCUGGCAGGACUGGAUCAUCGCUCCGCAGGGUUACAUGGCUAACUACUGCCACGGCGAGUGUCCGUUCCCACUCAGCGAGAGUCUGAACGGUACCAACCACGCCAUCCUGCAAACCCUGGUCCACUCUCUGGACCCACAAGGCACUCCACAGCCCUGCUGCGUUCCCAUCCGCCUGUCCCCCAUCUCUAUGCUGUACUACGACAACAACGACAACGUGGUGCUGAGACACUACCAGGACAUGGUGGUGGACGAGUGUGGCUGCAGAUGAGGUCGAUUCCUGAUGCUGUGUGAAAACUUGUUAGGUUGGGUUUUUAAUGUGCAAUCAUUCUGCAGUCAGUUUUUACAAAUUUUAAAGAAAUGUUUACGUUAUAGAAAUGUUCAUGUCUCUCACUAUGGCAGCUG